AAGAAAGCGGACAAAAAAUUGGACAAGAAAUUAGACAAUAAAUUGGGCAAAAAAUCAGAGAAAAAAAAUCAGAUGAGAAAUCGGACAAAAAAAUAUUGGACAAAAAAUUGGACAAAAAAGUGAACAAAAAAUCAGACCAAAAAAAAACAUCGAACAAAAAAUCAAACAAAAAAAUCGGACCCCAAAAUUGGACAAAAAAUGGGAAAAAAAAUCGGGUUAAAUAUCUUACAAGAAAUUGGACAAAAAAAAUGAACAAGAAAUCGUAAGAAAACAUUGGAGAAGAAAUUGAACAAACAAUCAGACAAACAAUCAGACAAAAAGUCAGACAUGAAAUUGGACAAAAAAUCGGAGGAAAUAUUGGUCAAAAAGUCGGAGAGGAAUUUGGACAAG